CUAGCUGUCAUUUAAACUGAUUCCGGGUCAGAUCCCCCUAACAGCUUCGUUCCGGAAGUCAGCGUUUAGCUUCUGUGGUCAACAUUCGUAGGCAUUUUUAUCUGCGAAUGUCCACAUUUUACUACAGAACAUUUGAUCAGUAUUUCUAAAAACUUUUUUUUUUUAAUUUCCCCCUGAAGUUAUGGACAAGCUACGUCGUGUUCUCAGCGGCCAGGAUGAAAACGAAGAACUGGGUUUGACUUCACAGGUUCUGGAUUCCAGCACACUCAGCUACAGUACCAGGGUGAAGUGGUUUGUCAUAUGUUUUGCUGGAGGCAUCCUGUGCUCCAUACUCGGCUCAGCACUGCUGUUCCUUCCCAAUGGGAUCAAGCUUUUUGCUGUUUUCUACACUAUAGGGAAUAUAUCUGCUCUGGCCAGCACUUGCUUCUUGAUGGGACCACUUAAACAGCUGAAGCGCAUGUUUGAAAAAACAAGACUCAUAGCCACCAUAGCUAUGCUGCUCUGUCUCAUUUUAACACUUUGUGCAGUUUUUUGGUGGCAUAAAAAGGGAUUGGCCAUCGUUUUCUGCAUUCUGCAGUUUUUGGCCAUGACGUGGUACAGCAUCUCAUACAUUCCUUUUGCCAGGGACGCAGUGAUCAAGUGCUUCACAACCUGUGUGAGUUAGAACUGAGGACUCAACAGUUGAAAAGUGGACAAAGUGUGCAAAACACAAAAGAAGUGACCUUGUAAAAUUUUCAUUUCCACUGUUUAUGCAAAUUCUCUUAAAUGCAGUAAUGUGAAUUCUUGCUUUUCAAUUCUAGAUAAAGCUUUGUACCAAUAACAG